CAAAUGUGGGACCAUUUUUGACACCGCGUUGCACCGCCCUGCACUCAUCACUGCUGCAUUCCGUCACUUUAGCUAGUAACUUAAAGAUACGGGAUCCCAGGAAAGUCGCCUGUCAUCCGUUAAAAGUGCGUACGAUGACGUCAACACGAGCCGCACUAGCCAUAAGCCCAUUCGCGAUUCUUAAUGCAUCUUAACUCCGGAGAACCGGAGAAUCAGAGUAUUUUAACUAAAUUAUUCCACUUCCCAUUUCAUGCGAUUUAUCCUCUGCCUAAGCGAUGCGGAUAUCACUGUCACUCUUCUCUGUACAGCCCACAAGCUACAGGGAAUUUCCUCGACACUUGAAGUGGCAGCAAUGGAGAACAAACCCGGUAGCUGGUUACCCACCUGCUUAGAGAGCACUUCGUCGCAAGAGCAUAACGCAGCGUAUCGACCUAAUGGCCAGGCAGGACCUAUACAACCAACGUGGUUCCUAUUCAGAUCAUUCCGAUUCGAUCGCGCCUCAGCCUAGCUAUGCUUCGGACAACGCUUGGAUGCAUACACGGAGCGAUAGCCAUGGCCCCAACGCCGCCUUGAGAGGACCGACUCCACCCGACGUUUUCAGCAAGCUCUCGGCUGCAAUCCCCGACUUGCGCCCUCUUGACUCUGGAGCUCGGGCAGCAACAAGAGCAGAGCAAAAGAUUACCUUUCUGGGCGGCUGCCGAUUGUAUCCCAAGGCUAUGGCGUGGUCGAUGGCUAUAUCCUCUACGAUUAUUAUGGAAGGGUUCGACACCCUUCUAAUCUUUAGUUUCUUUUCCCAUCCCACUUUCAGACGAGCUUAUGGUGUGUCCACUGGCAAUGGCAACUAUGAGAUUCCUACCCGCUGGCAAUUUGGCCUUCCUACGGCGGCGGAGGCAGGAGAGAUUGUUGGAUUGCUUCUUAGUGGCGUAGUGGCCGAUCGCAUUGGGUAUCGUUUUACACUAGCGGCAGCCUUGAUUUUCCUCUUUCUCAGCGUCUUCUUAUCAUUUUUCGCCGUAAGUCUGGAGUUGUUGUUGGCGGGGCAGAUCUUAUGCGGUAUCCCAUGGGGUGUCUUUCAGACACUGUCCAUCAACUACGCUGCUGAAGUGAUGCCAGUAACGCUCCGUGGAUACCUUCUUGCUAACAUUAAUUUAUGCUGGGUAUGGGGCCAACUCCUCGCAACCGGCAUAGUCAAGGCGUUAGUCAAUAACAGCUCCCAAUGGUCAUAUCGCCUUCCAUUUGCUUUGCAAUGGGUGAUCGGCGUACCCGUGUUCAUCGCUGUUCUUCUAGCACCUGAAUCGCCGUGGUGGUUGAUCCGGGACAACCGCUUGGAAGCAGCCAAAAGUUCGUUGCUGCGGCUGACAACAAAGGGGACAGUCAACGUCAAUGAAACGGCCGCAGUAAUGACGUAUACCAACGAAGUUGAAAAGUACUUGAAUGAUAAACCCAGCAUCGCGUACCUGGACUGCUUCAAGCGUUCCGAUCUCCGACGAACCGAAAUUACCUGCGUGGUGUGGGUUACACAGCAAGUUUGUGGUACCAGCCUGCUAGGCUGGGCGGCAUACUUUUACGAGCAGGCCGGACUUCAGACCAACGACGCUUUCAGUCUGUCAGUGGGAACCUAUGGUCUGGCCGUUGUGGGCAAUGUGGUUUCUUGGUUUCUGCUGCGACGCGUCGGUCGGCGUAGACUUUACCUUGGCGGGCUCUUGACCAUGCUUAUUACUCUACUGGCUAUAGGGGGUGUAGGGGUGGCUCCUACAUCCCGAGGCCAAUCGUGGACCCUUGGUUCUCUUCUUCUGGUCCUAACAUUUAUCUAUCAUUUGACCAUCGGGCCAGUAUGCUUUGUUCUGGUUGCGGAGAUUCCCUCCACUCGGCUUCGUGUCAAGACCGCCGUCCUGGCCCGUGUUGCGUACAAUCUAGCCGGCAUCCUCAUUAAUUGGAUGACUCCAAGGAUGUUGAGCCCGACUGCCUGGAACUGGAAGGGAAAGUCUGGUUUCUUCUUUGCCGGGACUACAUUUUUGUGCUUGGUGUACUGUUACUGGAGGCUCCCGGAGACAUUGGGCUUAAGCUAUCUCGAGAUUAAUGUCCUGUUUGAGAGAAAAGCGAAAGUCAGCAAGUUCCGGGAGCUUCAGAUUAAUUUGGACAGCUUGGGCUAUUUUAGCAUGGACAGAGCAGAGCGAGACCAGUUACCCUUCCGAGCAUAUUGAGAAAGGUUUCUCCUUUGUAAUAGUACAUUAUAUUUUUGUGCAAAUUUACCAUUUUACGCAUAGCAAAGGCAGCGAGACAUCGGAUAUUGAUCGCAGACCUACCACGUGACACGACUCACCCUGAGCGCGUUAAGAUUGCGUCUUUCAGCCUACAGUACGGCGCGAAAAGUAUUUAUACGGUCUGUGGACAAAUAGGUGUACAAACCGCUUUAUUUGCUGCAAUUGGUGGACAGGCCCGUACGAGUACUGUUGGCGGUGUACUGUAGGCGUUCUGGUUCCAAUCGGGAAAUCAUUGGCGGGUGGCUUCUUGAAAGCAUUCGACAAGCUGAUUUUUCGACCGGGAUAUUUGUUGGGGGGGGAUUUGCGUGUUGGAUAAGGUGCUUGGGACGAGGUCGUUUGUACCGUAUGCAGCGAAGGGAACAGGUGAAGUUGUUGGUAUGGUGGAUGUGGAUUCAGGGGCAGUUGACGUUCAGCGGGAAGGGAUAUUGCCUGACCGCCACGGGAGAUAAAGACUGAACAGCAAGGAAAGCUGGUGGGGAAAUAGGAUCUGGGAUACCAGGAUAUUAUCAUAUAUAAAUACGGUGUCAGUACCAGAUGCCUUGACCAUGGCACACCAGCACUGGACUCAGAAGGCCAAAUACUUCCUGGCCAGCCACGACGCAGUAGAGCCUGCACCAAUCGGAAAGGAGGGCAAAGUCAACUACCGACCGUAUAUCAAAAGGCGCCAAUAAUAUUCUCACCGCUGCCAGUCGUAAUGAUAGUGGGAGUCAGCAAUGCCAGCAGACACUACCAACGACGAGAACCAGUAUCGACAGUGAGAACUAGCAAUAACAGCAAGAAAUAGUAGAGACAAAAGUCCAAGAAAUAACAGCUGUUUAGGAUUCGUAUUCUUGAUUCUCACGAGCCUCAUUUCUGGCAAGAGAUGGCAUUGGUGAACGUUGGUUGACACAUGAACCUAUCUUCCGAUGGUCUUUCGAAUACGGCGCCUACCCAUCUUUCUCAUCCUACUUUAGUAACAGGCCUCAUGGAAAUGUCACCAGCACCUGAAACUAGGCAUCUCAUACUUAGUAUAAAUUCCUACUACUUCCUCUUACAGUCUCCGGAAUAUAGAAUGUGCGAACCGCCUUUUAUCGACAGGCG